ACUAAAUUAUAGUGGCCUAAAUGAGUGGUUGCGCUAUGUUUGUCUGAAGAUUCUCACCUAUUGUACUUCACACUCCCUCAUCACACGAAGUACCUUCUGACUAGAUCCAAGCCUACUAAGGACAACGUUUGCUGCAAACCAUUCAUACUCAAACUAAAUGAGUAUUAUAUGCAUGAAUCAUUGCAUCUCACUGCUUCAAAGAACUGUUGACUCUGUCAAUUUACUUCAAGGCCUCUCGAAUCGUGAUGAAACUUCCAGACAUGAAGCGGCUCGUACUAUUCAACGAAUAUUUGAUUCAUGGUAUUUUGGCUUUGGUAGCCCUGCUGUCGCUGGUUUCCUAGAGACUGUUGCCAAUGAUACUGGAGGGGCUACUCUUGAUACUUCUAUGCAUGGUCUGAUCACGGAGCAAGUUCCAGAUCUUUUGAGAAUCUUGCAUACCGCUCCAUUGUCUGACAUACGGUCUGCCGCUAGAGAUAUCUUGCGUGAUUUAAAGAUCCAAAAAGGGUUCAAAAUUCCGAAUACUGUAACAUCCUCUCCUAGUUUCGUUCAAUCACUGAGUAUGGAUCAUAUGAAAUGCAUGGUUGAUGAACCGAUUGAAGGCGAUCCUUUUUAUACUACUUAUAUCUUGUUUCGUGAGUAUUGGUUUCAAUGGGGACGCCUAAACAAUUACAUCAAUGUAAUGGGAUAUCAUCCUGAAUAUCUUGAAUGUUACAUGAAACUAAAGGAUCAUCUUUUUCGCGGUGACUUGCCAUUACCUUAUCCGGAUCGUUAUUAUAUAGCUAUUAUUGCGGCUGCGCAGCAACGGUGUAUUUACUUAGUUCUUUUUUUCGUGCGUCAAUUCAUUAGUUCUGGUGGUCCUUUGUCGUGGUUACAGGGAGUAAAAUAUGGGCCUCCAAAGUGGCGUCAAUUAUGUGGAUUAAACGGAGAUCUGUCUGAUCGUCCUUGGAAGAUAACGGCUGAUGAUAUUUACAACUUAACUCAUGGCGGAGAUUCAAAUCCAUUAAAAGAAGCUUUAUCAUUAUCUGAAUUAAUGCAUGUUGUAGCCAUCCUGUCUCAUGUUCAUGCUUUAGCUUGUUUCAUAUUUGGUUGUGGAAUUCGUCCUGAAAUCGAUAAUUAUGAUGGAUUAAUAAGCCUCAACUUGAAUAAUUCUAAUGAUGCAUAUACACAGUUUUAUAAUAAUGAAACUAACAAUGGAAGUUCUCCAAAUAAUCCACAUAAUUCUGAAAAUGGGAAUGCAUGUUCUUGUUCAGUAGAACCAUGGGACGAUCAUGUUUCAGAAAACGGAAAUUUAAGUCAUCAGGAUUCAUAUAACGACGAAUCAUCUAAUGAAGAUGGAAAAUUAAAAGCUUCCAAAUUAUUAAAAAUCAUCCAGACAGAAGAUUUAAGCUGGGAAGAUGUUGCAGAAGACAUUGUUGCUGAACAAUUUUUGACUGCUAUCGUGUCUAAUAGUCAAUUGGAUUCUGACGCUGUCUUUCCAUCAAAUAACCUAAGGAAUCACAUUCAACAAUUAUCUUAUCAUCCACUCAUCUCACGUUUCUUAGAUUCUCCACAGUCUGGUUACAAAGACUUUGAUGCUCGUCCAUUUCAUGCAACUGAAUAUUCAUGGCAAGAAGAAGGAUUACCUUUAGCUGAUCGUCUGUGCACUGAGCUCGGUUCACUUUUGGAUGAGAAAUUCCGAAAUGCUUAUGAUUUGACUUACAAUACUCUAAACGGCAUUCAAAACGUUGAUACAUCUCUUUAUCGUCGUACAGUGUGGAAUGAAGUGCAAAGUUUUUUCGGUAUAUGUCAUGAUGAUUUUCGUUAUGAUCGUGUAAAUCGUUUAUUAACUAAUUCACAACGUGCCUAUUUAAAACUGUGCGCCACUUUUCCAGUUGCUGUUUAUACAGUUCAAAAUCUUAAAUUUGAAAAUAUUUUUCCCGCUCUGUCAUCUUCUGAAAUGAUCCAUGUAAUCCUUAUGAUUAUUGAAGCCAGACAACAAGCUUGUCUCCUAUAUAUUCUUCGAGCGAUUUCUCAAUGUCAAGUCAGAAAUAAUUGAAUGUAUAUACAUAAUAUAUCUCUUAAUUAAUAUUUUCUAGCAGCUGCCUACAACUCUUCACUACGGAUGUCAUGUCGGUUGGUUCAUCUUACGUGUGUGAAUCGAAACACCGUACUCAACGUACUUCGUUCCCUAUUCUUAUUCCACUAAUGCAUUUGCACUCACUCAAAAUACUUUCAUCCGUUCAGCUAAACAAAUUCUCGCCCCUUUUUUUUAUUGGAUUAUCUUUCUUUUUUGUUAGCAUAAUUCAUUCUAUGACAGUUUAUUUGCCAACGUCAUCAUCGCUUUGUUUGUGUGUGUUUAUUUCUUCUUCUAUUCGGAUUUAAUUCUACUUUUUUCAGUUGUCAAUUAAUUCAUUGUUGUCCUCUUUUUUCUUUGAGCUUAAGAUAUUAUCGGUAGCGUUCUCAGCGUCAAGUGUCUAUUAUUAUUAUUAUUAUUAUUAUUAUUACUAUUGUAUUUUGGCCUUUUAUAUCCUUUUACUGUGAUUAUUUAAAAAAAAAAAGUAGUUUUAUAUUGCUGCAUGUAUGAUAGUCCAACUAUUUAAAAAGGAAGCUAAUAUUUAAGGUGCCUACUUCCUCUGACGUUUUGUCGGUUGGAUUAUCCGUGUGUUUUUUUUUUUUUUAUUAUGUAGCCGCAUAACUUUGUCAAUUAAACUCGUAAACGUCUGUGCUUGCGUUUUUUUCACUGUGUUCAAAAGUAUCCCUCUGUGUUGAUUAUUGUACAUUUAUUGUUUAUUGCAGAUUGGUGUUUUGUCAUUAAUUGUUUUCUGUGCUUAUUGUGAUUUUAUGUUCACAUUCAAAUGAUGUUUCCUUUAAGUUAAGAGUAGGCAAUUUCACAGUUUACUGGCCUUUGAUUCUUUUAAACUUUCCCUAUUAUUUAUUCCCUUAGUUGUGGUGCGUUAACUUAACUAGUAUUCUCCUUGUUAAGAAAUAAUUGGUUGUUUAUAUUCCUUUGAAUCAUGUUUAACAUGCCCAAAUAUACCUGAUACUUAAUGUUUAGUUGCAAGUAUUCUUCCUGUCUAUUGUGAAACUUCACCCAUGAUUAUACACACGUGUAAUUUUGUUGGUCCAAUUUAGAAUUAUUUUUAUUGGAAACAGUUUGCUGUGAUUUUCUCACUGUAUUCAAAAAUUUGUGGCGUUCUUGUUUUUCCACAGCUCCUAUCUUAUUACCCACUUUUCUCUGUGUAGUUUUUACCAUCUGUCUGUUGAUGUUAUUAUUUUACCAUGCAACAAAAUGAAAGCUGUCACAAAAAAUAAUUUCAGCGAAUCACGGUUGACGGUUACUGGAAACAUUUUGUUUUAUUUUUCUUUGAAUACCGUUGUUCAAUAUCUUCUGAUUUGUUAAUGCAUUUCGUUCAAGCCCAAUUUACAAGAACUAAUGUGUUCAUAAAUAAUAGAUUUUUGUGAUUCAAUUUGAGCGUUUUGUGCAUAAAUAUACUGCUGUCGUCUAUGUG